AACAAUGGCGGCAGUUUGGCGUGCCCAGGAACUGUCAAUUAAAAAUUGAAGAUUAAUUUCAUAUCCAGGAGAUAAAUAGGAUUAUGUGGUUGCAGAAAGAUGUAGAAUAUUCCGAGGAAAUAUAGGAAGAAGCCAACCUCAAUCUAUACCAUGAAUGCAGAGUCCAUGGUGACUUCUCCCUCUGAGGAGAAGAAGCCAUUUGAUGAAAAGAAGUAUGCCAUCAUCACGAAGGAAACAGUGAAGAUGAUGGCAGAAGCCGCAGGUCAUGCUGACCUCCCUGAUGCUGCUGCGGCGCUGCUUGGCGAGGAUCUCAGUUACAGACUGAGAGAAGUUACCAUGAAUUGUACCCAGUUUAUGCGGCAUGCGAAGAGGAAACGAAUGACAACUGAAGACUUCAACAAAGCUCUACGGCAAAGUGAUGUACAACCUCUAUGUGGUCAUGGAUCAAUGGAACCUGCCAAUUUCCGCCAAACCAGAGAUGGUGACCUUCAUUUUGUAGAAGACAUGGAUGUCAAUUUGGCCAAUAUUGCCUUUAACACUCACAUUCCAAAACAUAUAGGAGAAACAACCAUUAAAGCUCACUGGCUUGUCGUGGAGGGAGUCCAGAAAACCGUCUCUUCAAGUCAGCCUGCUGCAGGAAAGCUGAAUGUAAAGAAGGAGCUCUCAGAUGAUUUGUUGAAGUACUAUGAGAACAUGACCAAGGCUAUCUUAGGCUGUGAUGUCGACACAAUGAAGACUGCACUCAACGAUCUUCAGUCAAAUCCCAACAUAGUGCCUUUAUUGCCGUACUUUGUCAACUUUGUAUCCAAUGGGGUGAAGACUGUGAGCCAUGACUUGUGUCAGCUGACCAAGUUGCUGCAUACCGUGAAGGCACUUGUUCACAACCCCAACGUCUACCUGGAACCACAGCCAUAUCUGAAUCUACUGGUGCAGGCUGUGCUGUAUUGUGUCCUAGAGCCCCUGGCUGUAUCCAUCUACCCUCGCAAUGACCACUGGCUACUCAGAGACUACGCUGCCAGGCUGUUGGCUCAGAUUGUGACUCGCUGGUCGAGUCCCCUGAACCAUCUACGUUACAACACAGAGAAGAACCUAAAGGAGACCAUUCAUGAUCAGACAAAGCCCCACUGCUCACAUUACGGUGCUAUCAUGGGGCUGUUGUCUCUAGGUUGUAAGCAAGUAGAGGAGAUAAUCCUGCCUCACUUGUCUUCCUUCAUGCCGAGGUUGUGUGCCACCAUGGAGGACCUGUCUAUGGGCAACGCUAUCAGCAGGGCUGAUGCCUUCAAGGUGCAUGGAGCACUACUGCUUGCUGCGGAGUUAGUGUUAAAGCGUAGAAACAACGACUUUGAAAAGCAAUACUUCCAAUCUGAUGCAGAAGACUCAGGUACACCAGACAACAGUGGGACAGAAACUUUUGUGUGUAAAAAAGACUCCUUGUGAAUAUACAAAGAAUUGUAUGAAUAUUUUGGUGACUCACUGUCCAGAAGGAUGCCAGAACCAAAGCAGAGACACAUGUUCAAGAUAGAGAAGAAGGAGGAGAUUGUCAAGUUGUUUGAGGGGGAGGGGGCAAAAAGUGGUGAACAACUUCUUGAGGACUUCAUGGAACAGGUACGGAUUCAACAGAAGCUGGAGAAGGAGAGAAGAGAGCGAGAGGAGAAAGAACGGCGUGAACGAGAGAAGAUUGAAAGAGAGAGAAGAGAGCGUGAACGGAUUGAGAGAUUAAAGCGAGAAGAGGAAGAACGAAGACAGCGAGUGAUUCAGGAGAGGCUCAGGCUGGAGGAAGAGAAACAGAGGAAGCUGUAUGAGGAAGAACAACAGCGUAGACAGGAUGAAAUUAGGCGAAUAUAUGAGGAAAAACAGCGAAGAGAAAUUGAGAAACAGACAAGGUUGUAUGAGGAAUCUCAGCGAACUUUGUUCCCUGACACUCGACGUAGACUCCUCGACAACCUCCUGUGACUUACAAAUGAAGAUGAAGAAGAUGAUGACGACUUCUUGAUGGAAGAGGAGGAGGAAGAAGUGCAUGGUGAAGCGGACAGUGAGCAUAGUUUGAGUGGGGAGGAAGGUGGUUCAGGGAAAAGAGGGAAGUGGGACGAGGAGUCGGAGGAAUCAGAGGAGAAGUCAGAAGAGGAGUCUUUCGAGGAACCUCAGACUAUGGCAGUCACAAGUAUCAGUGAUCCUAAUAAAGGAAUUAAGUUGAAAAUUAAAAGGCAGCCAGGACUUAAAUUGCAAAUUAAACGUGAUAAAGUGUCAAUCAGGGAAGAACCGGGUUAUAUGGAAAAACCUGUUGAAAAACAUAAGGACAAAGAGUCUAAGCAUAAACGCAAACGAAAGACUCAGAAAAGUCCGAAAGAUCAUGACCCAUUUGACUUUGCAAAAUCUGAUCCCAAUUAUUCUACUAAAGUGACGUAUACUCCCUCACAUAUAUACUCUUCCCCUGGUGGUGAGAGCAGUGGUUCUGACAACCAGUUCAGAAAGUCCAAACUGACACUCAAACUCAAGGUGCCGUCUAAAGAAUCAACGUCAGAAUAAUAGUCUGAACUGUAUUUGUGGAAAGUAUUGUUAUAUAUACAUUGUUGUACAUUUUGAUAAUGAACAUGCUGAUAAAUUUCUAUAAAACAUAA